AUGUACUCUUCGGGAGAGCGGUNGAGCUUAUCGGUGACAAAGUUGGACGAUUUUACUGAUCGUUGCAACUAUUACUAUACGGUUAUGAUGCUGGUAUUCUUCUCACUUCUGGUUGGGUCGAAGCAGAUGUUCGGUGAACCAAUUCGAUGUUUAAUUGAUCAACAGUAUGCCGGUUCGUGGGUUGGCUACGUGCAUGAUUAUUGUUUCAUAUCGGAACGUUAUUCGUUGACGAUGCCAUCGUAUGAGGAUGGGACUCUGGCACAGUUUGAUAACACUGAACGACGUACUUAUGAAAACUAUUAUCAGGUUUGUUAUUGGCUUGCUUAUUCUUGUUACUUCAGUUUCAUUCUGUGA